GAAAGAAUUCAGCUCCUUGCGAGAAAGUUACCUGUGGCCGCCCAAGUCCGCCACUUUCUGCUCUGUUUCUGCCCAUUGCCACGAUCCAGGAGGACUCCGCGCCGCCCGGCCGCCUCCGAGCUCGGGCCCCAUGUGAGGGGCCCCCCCUUAUCCCACCUUUCCGGCUAGGUGAGGGCGCGAGCGGGCGAGCGAGCGACAGUGGUGAGGGGGGACGGAAAAGCAGAAUUACCUGUAGCUCUUGUUCUGCCAUCUCGGGCGCUCUCACACACCUUCACCUGCACAGACUUGAAAGUCCAGUUUCACCAGAGGCUGAGGCUCCAGGAAAAGGGGAGCGAGUUCAUUGGAUCAAACAUGUCACAAGAGUCGGACAAUAAUAAAAGACUAGUGGCCUUAGUGCCCAUGCCCAGUGACCCUCCAUUCAAUACCCGAAGAGCCUACACCAGUGAGGAUGAAGCCUGGAAGUCGUACUUGGAGAAUCCCCUGACAGCGGCCACCAAGGCCAUGAUGAGCAUCAAUGGAGACGAGGACAGUGCUGCCGCCCUGGGCCUGCUCUAUGACUACUACAAGGUUCCUCGAGACAAGAGGCUGCUGUCUGUAAGCAAAGCAAGUGACAGCCAAGAAGACCAGGAUAAAAGGAACUGUCUUGGCAGCAGUGAAGCCCAGAGUAAUCUGAGUGGAGGAGAAAACCGGGUCCAGGUCCUGAAGACGGUUCCCGUGAACCUUUCCCUAAGUCAGGACCACCUGGAGAACUCCAAGCGCGAGCAGUACAGUGCCAGCGUCCCCGAGAGCCCCGCUGUCAUCCCAGUGUCCGGAAUCACCGUGGUGAAAGCCGAGGACUUCACACCGGUCUUCAUGGCCCCACCCGUGCACUACGCCCGGGGGGAUGGGGAGGAGCCGCGCGUGGUCAUCUUCGAACAGACUCAGUACGACGUGCCCGCCAUGGCCACCCACAGCACCUAUCUCAAGGACGACCAGCGCAGCACCCCCGACAGCACCUACAGCGAGAGCUUCAAAGACGGGGCCGCAGAGAAAUUUCGGAGUGCUUCAGUGGGGGCUGAGGAGUACAUGUAUGACCAGACAUCAAGUGGCACGUUUCAGUACACCCUGGAAGCCACCAAAUCUCUCCGUCAGAAGCAGGGGGAGGGCCCCAUGACCUACCUCAACAAAGGACAGUUCUAUGCCAUAACGCUCAGCGAGACCGGGGAUAACAAAUGCUUCCGACACCCAAUCAGCAAAGUCAGGGUAUGGGUCACAUUUCUCAAAUGAAGUACAGAAGGGUCAGAUGGGUGGAACUGCCACUCCAAAGCCUUGUGGAGUGGCAUGGGAAAAAUUGUGAAAUCAAUAACUUUAGAACAAAUGUUAGAGAGUUGGGGCAAGAGAACUUAUUGGCUUGUAGUUUAUCACUUUAAUCAGUAACCA